AUGGCAGGCCCUGCAGGUAGCUAGAAUCCGGGCCCACCCCAAGCCCUGUACAUGGUCCUCUUAAUAAUGCUGGUCGUGAUGAGCUUGGCGUUUGGUAAGUGGCUCUACGGGGUGAGUUUGAGCAUUAUGAUCAAGAACCCCUUCAUCAGAUUCAUGCAGCUGCAUGACAGUGGUUCGGAGAUCAUGGUGAGUGACUGCCCCAGCAAGGAGCAGAUAGGUGACUGCUCGUACACCCACACUUCUCCAGUGCUGGGCUUCUGGAUAUUCUCUCGAUGCCGCUUCCGGAAUUUCUGCAAUAACCCUCAGAACAGAAUAAAAUAUGGUCCUUAG